ACAACGCUGUGUAUUAAAUGUGUCACAAACCUAACCUAACCUUUAACCCGUCUAAUAAUCAUAAUCUGUGAUAUUAAUUAAUAAUUUACUUGAAUUCGAUGGCUAAAAAGAUUAAUUAUCUAUCUUUUAUGACGAAAUACACAGUUUUAUUGAAAAGUGUCGUCAGCUUUACAACAUUCCCGAACAUAACCUCAACGCUUUAUCAAACAUAUUUGAAAAAAAGUGUACAAUGGCUCAUUCGUCUGCAACUGCAGGUGCGGCCCACGUAAAAGAUGGAAUUAUCGACUUCGUUGCGGGAUCUCUAGGGGGAGUAGCGCUAGUUUACGUUGGGCAGCCGUUAGAUACAAUCAAAGUGAAAAUGCAAACGUUUCCGACGUUGUACACGGGUAUGGUGAAUUGCUUUAGAGAAACCUUAGUUACCGACGGCAUUGCGAGGGGCUUAUACGCUGGUACUGCGCCCGCCUUGGUUUCCAACGUGACCGAAAACUCGGUACUGUUUAUGUGUUACGGUUUGUGCCAGAAAUUUAUGCAGAACGUCACACAUACGAAACGAAUUGAAGAUUUAAGCACGCUGAGCAAUGCAUCUGCCGGGUUUCUAGCCGCUUUCUUCUCGUCUGUCGCCAUUUGCCCUACGGAACUGGUGAAGUGUAAGUUACAAGCGAUGUACGAACGUAACAAGCAAGAUCUUGCAUUGGGAAAGAAAGUGGAAAGAGUCGGCCCUGCAAAACUCGUCAGGCGAAUUUUUAAGCACGAAGGAGUCCCCGGUUUUUUUAGAGGUUUCGUUCCUACUUUAGUUCGCGAGAUGCCCGGCUACUUCUUUUUCUUUGGCGGAUACGAAGGUACUCGUGAGCUAUUACGAAGGCCUAAUCAAACAAAGGACGAGAUCGGACUUUGGAAAACUAUGGUAGCGGGAGGGGUGGGCGGUAUGGUCUUUUGGACUAUUACGUAUCCCAUUGAUGUUGUGAAAUCUCGAAUACAAGUGAAUAGUUCAAACGAAUCGUUAGGUUUAAUGUUAAUGCAAAUUGCAAGGAAAGAGGGAGUGGGGGCUCUUUAUAGCGGACUUUCCCCGACCUUACUGAGAACCAUUCCAGCAACUGCCACAUUAUUCGUUACAUAUGAGUACACUAAGAAAUUUUUACAUAUUGUAUUGUAGCAAACUAAAUAAAUUAUUGAUUUUAAGAAAAAA